UUACAGCUUUGAGUUUUUUUUCCCCCCCUCCGAGUAAAGAUGGCGACGGCGCAGCUAACGGACGAUGAGCUUUUCUCUGAGUUAAAGAGCUUUGGAUUCACUCCAGGCCCGGUCUCCGAGAAUACGAGACCGGUUUAUUUGAAAAAACUAAAGAAACUACGUGAGGAACAACAACAGAAAGGAGGAACCAGAGCGGGGAAAAACCGAAACAGCGGCAGUAUCAACAACAACAGUAGUAGCGGUGGUAACGGCAGCUACACAGCGGCGGCGGCGGGAGCUUCGGGAUGCGGAGCCAGGCCAGCUAGCCGUGACGUCACGCCCCGGAGCCCCGGUGGUCGACCGGUCCUGAACGAAAAGCGAACUGGUGGAGCGGGGAAGUUCGUAUUGGGUUUUAGUUCGGACGAAUCGGACGUAGAGGACCCGAAGAAAAAACGAGGAGCGAACCACAGCGGUAGGAGAGACCGAGGUUCCGCGUAUCAACAACAACAGAUCAGGCCUACAACGGGAGCUGCUACCGCCACUCGGAAGAGCCUGGGAGUCGCUGUGAGUACCAGCAGUAACAACUCCUCUCCCUCCGGGCUGCUGGAGGGGAGGAGAAGCGGACCCGGUUCUCUCGAUUGGGUGGACCGGGGAAAAUCGAGCCUCGAGGUCUCGCGGGCCGCGGAAGUGAAGGGUUACGACGAAGAGCCCGAAGAAGACGACGAUUUUCAAGGGGAGACGGAGAGAGACAGUCGGUCUCUGAAUGGGAACAGGGCGUCUUACUCACUGAACGCCAGUAGUAAGAAAGUCGGUGAUUACUCAGAUUCGGAGGAAGAGGAAGAAGGGGGGAUUAUAUCUGGGCAGGACCUUCAACGAGACCGGCGCUUACAGCAACACUACUCCAGACGGAGUCACUCCUCCAAGCCGUCUCCCUACAGAAGUGCCAGGGGGUCAGAGAACGGACAGGAAACGACUGGCGGCAUGGCAAUCAGGCUAAACGACACGCCUGGCGCUAGUAGGAGUCGACUAGACAUGAUGGGAGGCCGGGGGGAGGAGGAGGAAGAGGAAGAGGGAAAGAAGCGAAGCCCCGGUGAAUCGUCCCUGAGCGGGAGCUUGCUGCGACGCCAUUACCCCAGGGGGACCAUCUACGUGUCGGCUGUGAUGGGGGAGAGCGACCGCGGCAGCCCCGGGGAAAGCAGCGGCAACAAUUCCCCGUCUUCCGCCUACAACAAAAACCACAUCGACAGCGGGGAUGGCGCCACCAGCAGCAGCCGAUUCAGCAUCGGCCUGAGACCGCGAUUCUCCAACUACAACAGUCUAUCCGCUACUUACCGACCCAACCAUUCAAAUCAUAGCGGUCCCAACCAUGCCUACAGCCAGUCGAGUCUCAAGCAGAAGCACACGGUACCGGAGGAUGAGCUGCUCCAGCAAUUCAAGCGGGAGGAGGUGGGGUCGUCCACCGGUGGUUGGGGGUUCAGUGCCCACUACCUGUCCAUGUUCCUGCUCAUGGCCGCCUGCCUGUUCUUCCUCCUACUCGGCCUCAUGUAUCUCCGGAUGAGGGGGUCUGGAGCCUCUGAGGUCGAUGUUGUCGUUAAGAACCACCCGUUUGGCAGCGAGUUUGACAGUUCUUAUGACAAGACGGAGAAGGACACCAUUCUGAAACUCCUCCUCAACCUUCACGACCACCUGGCUCAUAUUGCUGGCCAACAUGACUGUACCGCCCCGGAGCAGCAGCAGACCAACAGGAGCCUGUCUCUGAAGGAAGCCUCUGACUAUCUCCUGCAGCAGAGUGAACAGUAUCGUCACUGGGUUCUCCUCGCUCUGGAGUGGAUCAUACGGACCGGGGAGGACGUUGGCAUACGGCUGAUCGGGGAUAACCCAGAGGAGGCAGUAGCGGAGGUGAGUGAGGUGACUCGUCUGGAGUCGACCCACCCCAAGAUGUCCUUCUCCUGCCGCUUCAGUAGAGCCUUCUUUACAGUCAUCCACAGGGUGCUGCUCAUCCUAACAGUGAUUGGUCUGGUGUGGGGUGUAUUCUACUAUAUGAAGUAUCGUUGGAGGAGAGAGGAAGAGGAGACCAGGCAGAUGUAUGACAUGGUGGAGAGAAUCAUAGGUGUUCUGAGGAUCCACAACGCGUCGUGUCAGGAGAACAAUGACCUCCAGCCCUACCUGCCCAUCCCUCACGUCAGAGACUCCCUGGUUCAGCCCCAGGACAGAAAGAAGCUGAAGAAGGUUUGGGACCGGGCGGUGACCUUCCUCUCAGCCAAUGAGAGCCGUAUCAGGACAGAGUCUCAGCGGAUUGGCGGAGCCGACUUCCUGGUGUGGAGGUGGCUCCAGCCCUCUCUGAGCUGCGACCAGAUCUCACUCAUCCCCUCCAAAGUCUGGCAGGGCAAAGCGUUCCCUUUGGACAGGAGGAACUCUCCCCCCAACAGUUUAACACCGUGUCUGAAGAUCAGAAACAUGUUUGAUCCAGUCAUGGAGGUUGGUGAAAACUGGCAUCUGGCCAUCCACGAGGCCAUCUUGGAGAAGUGUUGUGACAACGACGGCAUCGUCCACAUCGCUGUCGAUCAGAGCUCCAGAGAGGUGAGUGUCUGUCACAGCUGUUAUAUCAAACAAUGGCUGUGGUCCAAGUGGCUCCCUAAUCUUUUACCAAAUAGGUGCUAUCUUCUGUAUACCACCCCUACCUGAUCACAACACAACUGAUUGGCUCAAA